CUUUCUUGUGUUGUAAUGGUGACGCUGAGGUUGACGACUUAUCAGGGGCGUGGAAACUGAGUUUUCAAUUUUCACUUAGAAUUUAAGAUUUGACACCUACAAUGAACUGAGUGGUAACCAGCAAAGUUUCAGAAUGGCUGAGGAACGGACAACUGAAGUUGCUACAAGAAUGGGGACAAGAAGACAGACAAUGCUGAAUGAGAGGAAAGCUAAGGAAGAACAAAAUGAACAACAAAAUAAUAAACCAAAUGAAUGUGCAGAACCAUUCGCCUGCUGUGGCUGUAACAGAACAUUUAGCACUCCAGCAGGUUGCAAAAGGCAUAUGCGUUACUGUGCAUUAGCUGAUGGAUCGUUAUUAGUGGUAGACAAGAGUAACAUGGACAACGCCAAUGGGCCUGAGAACAGUUUACGAGGCAGGCAAAAUUCAGAGAAUAGUGAAGCAGCUAACCCAACAGAAGCACAAGCUAAUGGUAGCCCUCAGCAACAGAUAAAAGGCACAGUGUUGAACACAGUAAAUGAGCUUAUAGACGAAACUUCAGCUUUGGGUCCAGGCAAAUGUCAUUGUUGUGGUGAAGACCUCGACACUGCCCACUCGGGGGGUGACUUUGAAUGUGUUGAUUGCUCUAAAAGCUUCAAGUUGAAGUCCAGUCUGGAGAGGCACAGAAGAGUGAUUCACAUGGAAGGAGAGACAUAUACAUGCCCAGAGUGUAAUGCAAGAUGUCCAGACAAAGGAACUCUUGCAAGGCACAUGUACACUCAUACGGGUCUGAAACCCUAUUCAUGUUCACGUUGCCAGAAAACCUUUAGCAGAAAAUAUCAUUUGGAGCGACAUGUUGCACAAACAGGGUGUGAUGGGAAGUCAAGGCCAAGUUUUCCAUGUCAGGUGUGUGGGCGAAUGUUCAGUCGGAAAGAUAAUUUGAGGCAGCAUUUACGUGCUCAUGCAGGUCAGGUGAUACGAAAGAAGACUUACACAUGUGAACAUUGUCAUCACGAGUUUCAGGGUGCUACACUUUUGCAGGUGCAUUUGAGGACACAUACAGGUGAGAGGCCAUAUCCUUGUGAUUUCUGUCCAAAGAGAUUUCCUUCAAGUGGUGCGAUGAAGAAACAUCGAAGGAUGCACACUGGCGAGCGACCUUAUGAAUGCAAGGAGUGCUAUGCCAAAUUUGCAGCAAAGGAAACACUGAAUCGUCACAUACGUACGCACACGGGUAUCAAACCUCAUAUCUGCCAGUUCUGUGGCAAGAGCUUUAUACAGUCUGCCCAACUUCGAGCUCACAUUUUCCAUCACACAGGUGAAAAUGGGUUCACAUGUAGCCAUUGCGGCAAGGCAUUCAAUCGCAGAUCUCGUCUUCUUAUGCAUGUGAAAUAUAUUCAUGAAGGUGCAAAACCAUAUGAAUGUGAGCAAUGUUCAAAAACUUUUGUCCGAAAGGAAGAUCUGGCUCGUCACACUAUUCUACACUCAGGCAUAAAAGCACACAAAUGCCCAAUUUGCCAGAAGAGCUUCGCCAUGAAAUCUUCAUUGAAGAUACAUCUUUUGACGCAUACAAAGGAACCACCCCGUUCUUGUGAUGAAUGUGGAAGAGCAUUCAUUCGGCAAGAUUGCUUACUCCGUCACAUGCGCACCAAGCACAGAGACAUGUUGGAGGAGAUAUUGGCUGAAACAGAAAAGAAAAAACUGCAACAGCAGCUUCUAGCUGCAGCAGCAGCUCAAGGGCCUGUUGGAUCUGGUGUGGGCCUGAAUGGUAGUGGAAGUGAUGGAAGUUCAGGCGAUCCUAGUAGCAUACCAUCACUCAGUGAAGCUGCUCUCGCUGACUCAGUUCGUGAGCUGCUGGCACUGCUAGUGGACGAAGCCACUUUAAAGGCUUUUGGAUGGCCAGAAACACAAGUUGACCAGUUGCUAGAGGCAGUCAUUCGUCGAUGUGGUCAUCAGCCUGUAACCUCAGAGGAGCUAUUGUACACAGAUAGAUUGCGUGAAAAUGCCAAGCUGCUGUUCACUGUUGUCAUAGAUGACUCUGCUGUCAAGACUUUGCUCAACAAUCAGACUGUGGACGAAGUUAUUUUGCAUGUACUUCGUCUCGCCAAGUCAUAA